AUGUUUUCUCCUUUCUUCCCUGCCCCUUCCUUCUCCCCUGCUUCCCUUUCAACCCGUUGCCUUGGGGACCAUCUUUUCCUUUCCCAUCCCUGUUACACUUCCUCUUCCUCGGCGUCUGUUGAUCUUUCUCCUCCAGAAACUGAGUCUGGAUUCUCUUCCCACUCGCCCGUUUCAGACUCUUUUGAAACCUUCGACCCUGACCACCUAGCCAUCGUCUCCUACAACCCCCUCAAUUAUGACUACCUUGAUUCGUGGCGAAUUACGCAAGAUCUUUUUGAUCUGAUUAGGAAGUGUGUGGAAUUCUGUGAUCUUCUCAAACUUUCUGACUCCAUUUUCGCAGACAGUGCUAAGCAGAAGAUGGUUCUUAUUGCCCCAGAGACCCACCGGAAGAGAAAAGGGGAAUCAAGAUCUAAAUUGGAAAUGGAGUUGCGGAGAUUGGGUAUAAGUGAAUGCUCUCUUCCAACUUCCAGAGCUCGGACGCGCUCGGCGCACUAG